ACAAAAGUUUAUUAGUCAAUGCUUUUUAGGGUAGGAGCGAUGGCGCCAGCGUCUCCCUUCGUGGGCGACGUUCUCGACGGCGAUGUGGCGCUCGUCACGGGCGGUGGAUCUGGUAUUGGCUUCGAGAUUGCGCUGCAGCUGGGCCUUCACGGCGCGCGAUUGCUCCUCCUCGGCCGCCGCCUUCCCGUGCUCGAGGCGGCCAAGAAGAGUCUCUCCGCCCGCGGAAUCCAGGUCGAGUACGCGCAUGGAGACGUGAGAUCGCCCGACGACGCCGCCAAAGCCGUGAAUCUGGCCGUGGAGCGAUUUGGGAAGCUCAGCAUUCUCGUCAACAGUGCCGCUGGGAAUUUCUUGGCGCCGGCCGAGUUGCUCACUUCCAAGGGGUUUAAAACUGUUCUCGAGAUUGAUACACUGGGGACUUUCAACAUGUGCCACGCUGCAUUCCCAGCGCUCAAGCGAAGCUCGAGCGAGAAGAGUGUUAUCAUCAACAUUAGCGCGACUUUGCACUAUGGAGCUACUUGGUAUCAAUCGCAUGCCGCGGCUGCCAAGGCUGCCAUAGACAGCUUAACUCGAAGCUUGUCCCUCGAAUGGGGUCCUAUUCGUGUUAAUGGCAUUGCUCCAGGGCCGAUCGCCGAUACCGCUGGCUGGGAGAAGCUCUCUGUCGGAGUUGACUCUGCUGCGAGCGUCCGUUCCCGGGAAGAGAUUGUGGAAAAAACUCCAGCAGGACGCGUCGGAACAACGUGGGACAUCGCGAUGGCCGCUGUGUUUCUAGCUUCGAGCGCUGGAAGCUGGAUAACCGGCGAGACGAUUGUUGUAGACGGUGGAAACUGGCUGUAUUAUCCUCCAGCUCUUCCAGCUGAUGCCGUCGCCGAGGCUUCCAGAGCUGUGGAAGCAUCGAGCAGACGAGUGGGCGUUCCUGAAAGAAGCAAGCUUUGACGAAACUUUUGCGAUACUCUGACACGACAUACUUGAUCGAAAAACAUUCUUAUUAAAGUGGUGAACAAAACAAGAUAUUGGUUAUGGAA